AUGAUUUUGCCGGUGCGCAAGUGGCAAGCAAAUGAGGAACGUCUGGAACGUGAGGGCGCGCCGAAAAAGACUAGCAAAAAAGGAAUAAAGUGGUUGACUGGUGCAGAUGGAGAAGUAUGGGUCUGGGUAAUGGGAGAUCAUCCCUUGGACAAGUCAAUCGAGGAAAUCCUUGAAGAGGAGGCUCGCCAAGAGGCUCAUUCUCGAGCCCUUCGCGAAUUGUCCGACUCGGCUGAUAUAUCAGAAACGAAAGAACCGGAGGAAGCUCUGAAAGCACAACUAGGACAAAUGCGCGUCGGUAUUACAGACUCAGUGCAAGAUGAUUCCGAAGGUUCCUUCGAUCCCACUCAUCCGCUGUUGUUCAGACCUGUCAAGAAAGAUUUGCCAUCGAAUGGAAGUGGAACUUCACCGAAUGGUGGUAUACUACAACGUUCAAAUCCGAUCUCAGUGACCUCUACAACCGUCUCAAGCUUUACUACCCCGCAGCCUCAGAAGGCCGAACUUAGAGGUCCGCCUCCACCUAUUCCUGCACGGCCUCCGGAACUUUUUGCAAAGAUCGCCCAGGUUGAUAUUUGCUUUGUUUUA